AUGAGUAAUAACGCUCAUGAGCUAAGUAAUCGACUUCUGAAUGCGUUGGAUAGCAAUUACAAUGUCGUCGACAUGCAGACUGUUAACGAAAUCAUAUCCAUUUUGGAAAAAUUCAAUAUCACAAAAGAGUUGUUGGAGACCACCAGACUCGGCAAACACGUGAAUGAGUUGCGACGUAAGACCACAGACCCCACUUUGGCGAGACGCGCCAAGGUGCUGGUCAAGCGAUGGCGCGACCUCGUCAUCCCGGCGGUGGCGUCGCCGGCUCACACCGGAUCUAACCGGUCUUCAGCAGAGAGAGCAGUGCGACGACUGGGCGGUACUCCCCUCACCUCCCCUGCACUCACAAGGCACGUGGUGAGCCCCGCGGUACCGAGCCCCCGGCCUCCGUCGAGGCCAGCAUGGGGCGGCUACGAGUCGGACUCGCAGGACGUGAUCCUGGUGGACGACGAGCCCAGCUCGCCGCCGCUCGCGCACAAGCCCAUCACACCCAAGCCCAUCACGCCUCCUGUGAAGAGGGCGCCCACCCCGGAAACUCUGUAUGAUGAAAAGAAGGCGAAAUAUAAAAAACUUAAGAAGAACUUAAAAAGAGGGCCGAGCCGCGCGGGGUCCGGUACGGAGACGAUAGCAAGCGUUGAAGGCGGCACCACCAUUGCGCACCCCGCACUCCCCGCGCAGGCGCCCCUGGGCGGCGGGGGGCCUGGGGGUGGGGGCCUCGGCGCGGGGGUUCCGGUGGGGUCCGGGGCGCACGCGUGGGGGGCCCGCAACGGUUCAGGCGCGCGCCGCAAUGGCUGGCGACGUGAUGCCACCGACCCGUACGCUGCGCUGGUCAAUAGGCUGCCUCCUGCUGGGGCUAAAAAGGUGAAAACAACAAAAGAGCUAUUGGAGCAGAUCCAGUUGCGCGGCGCGCGGUCGCGGCCCGCGUCGCCGCACUCGCCGGGCUCGCCGCACUCGCCCGACGUCAUGCUUAUAGAGCCCGACCCUCCGAUAACAGUGGAUUCGCCGUUACGGAAUGGCAGCAGCGAGCCCAAACAAAUGAAGCCGGAGCCAGAACCCGAGCCGAAGCCGGAACCAGUCGUGCUGCCCCCUCUCGAGGAGGAGCGCGAGUGGGUGGAGUGUACCUGCGGGGAGGUGCAGGGAGAGGAGGACCAGGGCAGUGAGGACUGUCCGGCGGCCGUCCGAGGAGCCCUACUCCCUUUGCACGUGCGAGCCCUACACAACGCUUUCCUACCGGGCAUCAACGGUACCCGCGCCCCCGUGGAGCCUCACCGCUUUGCCGUCCGCCCCCCCACGCGUCCUGACCAGCCUGAUCUCUUCUCCAGCGUUGUGCCCCUUUACAAGUACUCUGAUUACGCAGACGACUACUGCGUCAAGAACCUCUCCCAAAUCCCAAUCUGCUCUCACAUACCUUGGACCGAGUUUGCCCCCUCGCCGCCCCCACCACCACCCCCGCCUUCCCCUCCGCCCCUGCGACCCUACCCACUCCCGGACCCGACGGAAGUGGCGGAUCCGCCAUUGGAUGAUCUAAGCGCAGACAUCAAGAGCGACCCGGACGCCAAGUCGAUAGACUCAGCCGACGACACCAUGGAGGAGGCACCCGAAGCGAAAGUGAAAGUAAAAGUGGAAUACGAGAGGCCGAAAGUGGAGGCGGAGAUGGUUAGUCUGCCGAACUUGGAGCCGAGCGAGAGGCUCAAGGCGCCGAUCCUGUCCGCGGAGGACGUGACGCAGUUCGGGGAGCCGCGCGCGUGCGCGGACGUGGAGAAGGAGUUCGUGGCGGCGUCGCCCGAGCACCGCACCGUGGAGCGGACGAAAGCGGAAGUGGACGUGGAUGGCGGGCGCGCGCUGUGCGAGCUGUGCGCCGCCGCGCUGCGCCGCGUGCCCUACUCGUACGCGGACAGUGCGAGCGCGCCCGUGGUCACGCUGCCGCGCGUGUGCGAGCGGGACGGCGCGUGCGAGCGGGACGACGCGGCGGCCGCGCUGCGGGACGCGCUGGUAGCGGCGGCGGCGGACACGGCGCGCGACGAGCUCGGCCGCCCCGCGCGCCCCUCGCACUUCGCCGAGUGGCACGAGUGCGCGCGCCUCGGCGACCUCGUGGCGCUGCCCUACGUCGUGCUGGAC